GUUAUGCUUUCCAUCAACAUGAAAUCCUUCUUCAAUCGUUUCCAAACCAAUUCCAUCAAACAAUGCUGCAAAAUCUUACAAGUAAAAUAACAUCACAAUUCUAAUGAGAAUACCAUCUCACAUUCUGAUCACCGCCACCAUCCACUUGUGUCUCUGUGCGGCAUUCUGUCGAGCACAAGGCGGCAGUAACAACACCUCAACCAAUUCCUGCGGAAGUAACGGCGAGUGUGGGGAAUUCGGGAGCUGCGACCCGCAAGCUGCACCAGUUUGCAGUUGCUUGCCCGGAUUCACCCCGCAGAAUGCUAGGGAUUGGGAGUCAGGGAACUGGAGCGGCGGAUGCGCGAGGAAGGUCGCUUUGAAUUGCGGCAACGCGACGAUUGGCGAUGGGUUUAAGAAGCUCGAUUCGAUUAAGAUUUCCAACUACACUUCCCGAUCGUCUGUUUCGGAAGACGAGUGUGAAGGUGUGUGUUUGGGGAAUUGCUCGUGUUUGGCGUAUGGAUUUGAUUCGGGAUUUGGGUGUUUGAUGUGGAGCGUGCCCUUAAUCGACGUUCAGACGGGCUCCAGCUUGGGCUCUGAUAUUUACCUCCGCCUCUCUCUUUCCGAUUCCGAGUUGGCAGGUCACAAGAAAGGGUUUAAGAAGAUCUUUAUAGUUUUGCCAAUCCUUAGCUUUGUUGUUUUGUGUGUUUGCUCAUGUUUUGCUUGGAAAUGGAUUGCUAAACGCAGAGGCAAUGGAGAAGCCAUUGAAUAUGGCAAUACUACUCAAGAUGCAACGAGUCGGGUUAAUCUUGAAGACAUACCGUUGUUUAAAUAUGAGGAACUGGCGAAUGCGACCGAUAAUUUCUCUGAAGCUAACAAGCUAGGGAAGGGUGGUUUCGGUCCUGUCUACAAGGGGAUUUUGCCUAGUGGGAGAGAAAUUGCAGUUAAGAGGCUCUCAAAUGCAUCGGGACAAGGGUUGCAAGAAUUUAUGAAUGAAGUGAAGCUCAUUUCGAAACUCCAGCACAGGAAUCUUGUUAGAUUACUUGGCUGCUGUGCAGAGGAUAGGGAGAAGAUGUUGGUGUAUGAAUACAUGCCUAAUAAAAGCUUGGAUUUUUUCCUAUUUGAUCAAUCGCAAGAGGUCUUAGACUGGAGAAAGCGUUUCAAUAUUAUUGAAGGUAUUUGUCGAGGCCUUCUCUAUCUCCAUAGAGAUUCUAGAUUGAGGAUAAUCCAUCGAGACCUCAAGCCAAGCAACAUAUUGUUGGAUAAUGAUUGGAAUCCGAAGAUUUCAGACUUUGGCAUGGCCAGAAUAUACGAGGCCAAGCAAGAUCAUGUGAGCACAGUGAGAGUUGUAGGGACAUAUGGAUAUAUGCCUCCUGAAUAUGCAAUGAAAGGAAGAUUUUCAGAAAAAUCAGACACGUUUAGCUUCGGAGUUUUGAUGCUGGAGAUUGCCACUGGGAGAAGGAACACAAGCUUCUAUCCUCAGGAAGGCUCUUUGAACCUUCUCGGACAUAUUUGGACAGCGUGGAAAAAAGAGAUCGUCACACCUUUGAUAGAUCCAAGAAUAUUGAGUUCAAGUUGCCAGACAGAGGUGAUGCGGUGCAUACAUAUCGGACUAUUGUGCGUUCAAGAACUUCCUGAGGACAGGCCAUUUAUUUCGGCUGUACUGUCGAUGCUAAGAAGUGAAAUCAUAGAGCUUCCUAAACCAAAGCAGUCGGCAUUUUCUUAUAAGUCGAGCCGCACGGAUACAGGUACAAGUUCUUCUCAGCAGAGUGAGAGUAGUGGCUCCUUGAAUAAUGUAACUCUCUCAGUGGUUUACGACAUGGCAACCAGAAUCAACCAGCUCUUGAUUCAUAAAUCAAUUCUUCUUCUUAUAAUCAUCCAAAGUGUUUCAUGUUUGGGCAUAGAAAAAGACACUAUUUCAACCGGAGUAGUGAUCAAAGAUCCACAAACCAUCACAUCCCAAAAACAGAUAUACAAAUUAGGAUUCUUCACACCUCCAAACACAACCAACCGCUACUUAGGCAUCUUCUUCGCCUUCUCCCAAGAAACUGUGAUUUGGGUCGCCAACAGAGACACACCCCUCACUGAUUCUUCCGGCGCCGUUACUCUCUCUCGAGACGGCAAUCUCGUCGUCUUGGAGGGGAGUACUAAUAAAACCGUUUGGUCCACCAAUCGCACCACCACCUCUCCUGUCAUGAACUCAACCGUCCAACUCCUCGACAUCGGCAAUCUCGUCUUGCGGGAAGAGGCAACGGGAGACGUGUUAUGGGAGUCGUUCUCAGAUCCUACGGACGUGAUUGUGCCAGGCAUGACGCUGAGCCAGAACGUCAAUACAGGGAAGAUGGUGGCGCUGUCGGCGUGGAAAAACGCCUCUGAUCCCGAGCUAGGGAGGUUCACCGCCGGCCUGGAUGCAUUCAGCAUCCCACAGCUUGCCAGCUGGGACGAGGGAAGGCCACACUGGAGGAGCGGGCCGUGGAACGGCCUCAUCUUUCUCGGGAUCAAGGAGAUGUUCUACGCCUACUUGGACGGCUUCACUCAAGUGAAGAACGACAGCGCAGGGAAUUUCUUCUACACGAAGCCGCAGGAGAAUGUGUACAAAACAGCCAGCGUGAAUUCUACUGGAAGCGUGAUUCGGAAAGUGUGGAAUGGCGUGGCGAAGAGAUGGGAGGUGGGGUGGUCUGCUCCGGAAAAUGAAUGCGAUGUUUAUGGCAAGUGUGGGGCGUUUGGUAGCUGUAAUGUAAUGCAUUCGCCUAUUUGUAGUUGUUUGAGAGGUUUUGAGCCUGUAAAUGAGGAAGAAUGGGGGAGAGGAAAUUGGACUAAUGGUUGCAGGAGGAGGAACCAGUUGCAAUGUGGAGAUGAUGAGUUUGAGAGGCUGCGGUAUAUGAAGGUUCCGGACUUUGCUCAGCCCUUGCCUGCUGGGGUUCAAGACGAGUGUCGAACCAGAUGUCUGGGGAACUGCUCCUGCAUCGCUUAUGCUUAUGAUAGUUACAUUGGUUGUAUGUUUUGGAGUGAUACCUUGAUUGACACUCAGGAGUUUGGCAGUGUUGGUGUUGAUCUCUACGUUCGUCUCUCUGCUUCUGAAUUCGGUGGCCACAAGGAAAGAAAGCUUUUCAUCAUAAUUCCGGUAACUGUGGGUUUUGUUUGUAUAUCUAUCAUGAUCUUCAUUGCUUGGUGGCUGAUGGUAAAGAGGAAAGGCGACAAAGUGAAAGAUACGAGUAUUGUGGAAGCAGGCCAAAUGUUUACUACGGAUUCAACUGCAAUCGUACUUAGAAAUGAGACAAAGGAAGUUAAUAUCGGUGAGUUACCAAAGUUCACUUUCGAGAUGCUUGCUAAAGCAACUGACCAGUUCAAUGAAGAUAAUCUUCUUGGAAGGGGUGGUUUCGGUCCUGUUUACAAGGGAAUUCUGUCAAACGGGAAAGAAAUCGCUGUAAAGAGAUUAUCAGCAGAGUCUGGACAAGGAAUGCAUGAAUUCAUGAAUGAAGUUAUUGUGAUUUCAAAACUCCAACACAGGAAUCUUGUGAAACUGUUAGGAGGUUGUGUUGAGAAAGAAGAGAAGAUUCUGAUAUAUGAAUACAUGCCAAACAAAAGCUUGGACGCUUGUCUCUUUGGUCCUACAAAUCCAACAAAGAAGUUGUUAGAUUGGAAUAUGCGUUACAGCAUUAUCGAGGGCAUUGGGCGAGGCAUACUUUACCUCCACAGAGACUCAAGACUAAGGAUUAUACACAGAGACUUGAAACCAAGUAAUGUUCUGUUAGACCAAGACUGGAAUCCAAAAAUCUCGGAUUUUGGGAUGGCAAGAAUAUUCGGAGGCAAUGAAGACCAUGGAAGCACUGCAAGAGUCGUGGGAACAUACGGAUACAUGGCGCCAGAAUACGGAAUGGGAGGCAGAUUUUCUGAAAAAUCUGAUGUAUACAGCUUCGGAGUGCUGAUUCUGGAGAUUAUAAAAGGGAAAAAGAACACACACUAUUUCAAUGAUGAAUUUUCCUUGAGUCUCAUAGGAUGUGCAUGGAAAAUGUGGAAUGAGGGUAACGGUUUGAGUUUCGUGGAGGAAAGCAUCGCAAGUAGGGAGACGGAGGAAGAUAUGGUUCGAUGCAUUCAGAUAGGGCUGCUGUGCGUCCAAGAAUCACCGAACAACAGACCUGCGAUUCAAACCGUUCUGUCGAUGCUGAGUGGUGAAAUUGUGGAGCUGCCACUACCCAAGCAGCCAGUGUUCGCGGAGCAGAAUGAGUCAACGAACCAUAAUGGCUACUCCAAUAACGAGCUCACUCUCACCGUGCUUGAUGGCCGAUGACUUUAUUGAAACUCAUAAUCUCAGCUCGUCUUAGCUCACGAGCUCUCUCCAUCACGAUCGUUAGCAUUGGUAGUUUGUUAUGUUUCUGCUACAGCAAGCUUCUCUCUUCCUCUCCUUUGUUUCAUGCAUUGUGUAUGUCUGUAUAAUAGGAUACUCAAACUCUUGUAUCUUUCAAUACAUUCAAUAAGAUUAAUUUUCUGAA